GUUUGUGCGCCUACAUGAUUAUGAAUCUUCAAUGCAUACCGUCACAAGAUAACUUACUUGCUGUGAGUGAAUCAAAAGAGCUAUCAAAAAUUAAAAUUCCAUUAGGAGAGCAAAAUUUCAUUCAGUCAUGUCAUUCAUAUCCAUUGGCUAUACCAAAGAAUAAAAGUCCAUUUUAUGUUAUUUAUGAUGAUGGUGUACAAAGUGAUUGUUGCACAAGAUCAUCUGAUCCAUUGAUCAAUGGUCCUGCGAGAUGUGAUUGUCUUUUCGCGACUAUUCUAGCUACAGUCAGUAUCAUAUUGUUGCUUAUUGGGAUAGUUUUAACCAUACUGCACUAUGUAGUCGGUAUGGAAUUUUACACUGUUAACCGUGGUCAAACUGUUGGUCCAUUAUUAAUAGGCCUCACAGUUAUCCCGUUUGUAUUCAUGAUCUAUUUUAUAUGUACAGCUAAGUUUAAACUGGUUGAUUAUGUUGAACAGAUGACAAUGAAUUAUCGUAUCAAAGAACGAAUGGCAUAUAGACAACAUCAGGCAGAACUAGCACGAAGUUCAAUUGGAUUACGAAGCUCGUCCAGACACAGUUGACUAAUCGAAUAAAUUAGAACACAAAAUGGACUAAUCUCAUUCAAUCAUUGAUCUUUGUGAAUUUAAUUUAAAGAAUAUUUUUUCAAUUGUGAAAAUUAUAACAACAAACUAAUUGUAUGGGACUUUUUUUUAUUUAAAAAACAUCAAUAAAGAC